AUGGCAACCGCGGUGGCCGCGCCGCCGGCUGUCACGAAAAAACCGUCGAUUAAAAAAUACAAAGCGCCUACACCGCCUCGAGAGGAAAGCGAAAAGGACAAAGAGAACGUAGUCGACGAAACAAAUGAAUGCAAAACAAAAGAGACGCCGGCUAGUCCAGCUGUGAAGAGGUUAUUGCCGAAAUCAAAUGUUGACAGAAGUUCCGUAUUAUCGAAAGCGGCGAUGUUCGAAUCGGGCAGCCCCAAGGCGAAGGAUCCCGCAGAAAUGACCCUACGGGAAAGGAAAGCUCUGUUCGAAAAGAAUAAGGGGACUAUUAUAGUACCUAAAGCGCCCUUCGGACUUGCACCGUCGAUAAAAACACUGCACGGUGACAAAGGUAAGUGCGAUUUAUUUUUGUUGUGCUAA